UGGUGAAACCCCAUUUCUACAAAAAAUACAAAAAUUAGCUGGGCGUGGUGGGUGACACUUGCCUGUGGUCUCAGCUCUCUGGGAGGCUGAGGUGGGAAGACCAUUUGAGUCCUGGAGGUUGAGGCUACAGUAAGUUGUGAUUGCACCACUGCCCUCCAGCAUGGGUGAUAGAGACAUCCCGUCUUACAGAAAAAAAUAUGUGAUAUAAACCUAUAGAAUCCUUGAAGAAAACUACUAUAUAAUUAUUGCUAUUUUUUAAGAAAGCAAAAAUACAGGUGUGACAACUAUUAUGGUAUUGCUCUGCUGGUAUCACAUCUAAGAUUCAAGCUAGAAAUCCUUUACUGUCUAUUCAACAUCAUUGGUCAGGCAUUCUAGAAUGUAGUGGAUGUGAUAAUCCCUUUGUUGUAUAGACCCAUAAGGUUUCCAGGAUCUUUUGCUGAAAGUUCAAUGCACCAGUAAUAGAUUUACCUAUAUCAAAAUGCCAAGAUUUAAAAAAUGUCUCUUGGCACCCAAAUUGUUGUUAUAAACUUCUUUACUAGCUGUGCGCAGUGGCUCACACCUGUAAUCCCAACACUUUGGUAGGUGGAGGAAGAUGGAUCACCUGAGGUCAGUAAUUCAAGACCAGCCUAACCAACAUGGAGAAACCCCGUCUCUGCUAAAAAUACAAAAUUGGCCAGCAUUUGGCAUGACCCACAGAGCCAGGCUUUGGUAGACAGAGUUCACCAACAGUUAAAUUCAUGAUAAACACGAAAACACCUCCUGUUCUGACUUUUUAUUAUGUGAUGAGAAGACUGGUUUCAGAAAAGUUGAGUGCUGAAGCCCACAAAGGUGUAUGUGUUAGAAAUCAACAGCUCUUCUAGCUUCUGCAUUGUUUAAAUAUAAUAGUGCCAUUGGACUGAGAUGUUCCUGAUGCCAACCUCUUCAGAGUUAAACAGUGGGCAGAACUUCCUAACCCAGUGGAUGACCAGUCCUUCUCGGGCUGGGGUCAUAUUAAAUCGUGGAUUUCCUAUUUUGGAAGCAGACGAAGAGAAGCGAGCAGCUGUGGACAUUUCUACCAGCUUUCCUGUUCAAGGCACACAUUUUUCUGAUAGCUUCACCUUUAUAAGUGAAGAAGAUUCACUUCAUGAAGAACAGAAGUCAGAGUCAAACAGCCCUUACAAACCACAGUCAGAUAAAUCUGAAACCCACACAGGUUUUCCUUGCAUUAAAAAGGGACUACAGAUAGUGGCAUGUCACAAUGCUUCUGGGCUCCAGGAAGAAAACAAAAAUGACUUCAUCCCAGAUAUUGCAAAUCAAGUCAAAGAAGUGGCUUAUAAAGACCCACUUUUUAAAAAACUUGAACAGCUGAAGGAAGUACAACAGAAGAAGCAGGAACAAUUAAAGAGGCAACAGUUGGAGCAACUACAAAGACUCAUGGAGGAACAAGAGAAGCUACUCACCAUGGUGUCUGGGCAGUGCACACUUCCAGGUUUGAGUUUACUGCCUGAUGAUCAGAGCCAAAAGCACAGAUAUCCAGGAAAUGCCACCACUGGGGAGAGAACCACACGCUGCUUCCCAUCAUACAUCUAUCCAGACCCAGCCCAGGAAGAAACAUACGCCUCCAACAUUUUAUCCCAUGAGCAAGGCAAAUUCUGUAGAACUGCUCAUGAAGAUUUUGUUUUAACUUCAAAAAAUGCUUCUCCUAAUUUAUUUUCUGAGGCACAGUAUCAAGAAGUACCUGUGGAAAAAAACAGUUUAAAAGAAGAAAACCGUAACUAUCCUGCAGGAGAAAGUAUUUUAUGUUGGGAGAAAAUGACGGAACAGAUUCAGGAAGCGAAUGAUAAGAACUUUAAAAAAUGUGACAAUUCCUCAGAAGUGGCUAAUGUUGAAGAAAGGCCCAUUAAAGCUGCUAUUAGAGAAAGGAAACAGACCUUUGAAGACUACUUAGAAGAACAAAUUCGGUUGGAAGAGCAAGAACUGAAGCAAAAACAGCUGAGGGAAGCAGAAGGCCCAUUGCCAAUCAAAGCAAAACCGAAACAACCAUUUUUAAAACGAGGAGAAGGUUUAGCCAGAUUUACUAAUGCUAAAUCUAAGUUUCAGAAAGGGAAAGAAAGUAAACUAGUGACUGACCAGAGCGCUUCUGAGGACCAGCUUCUAUUUAAAAUGGAUAGACAGCAACUCCAGCGGAAAACCACUCUCAUAAAUAAAGAACCGUGUGCAGAGAACCCUACCCUUAAAAAGGACAACAAAGCUAGAACCAGGAGGGGAUCUGUCACUAUCAGUCAGAAGCCAAAAAUGCUGAAGUGUAAUAACAGGAAAAGUCUGUCUCCAUCAGGGUUGAAAAUACAGACGGGGAAGAAAUGUGAUGACGGGCAGUUUAGAGACCAGAUCAAAUUUGAAAAAAAAGUUACAUCUAAUAAUAAAGAAAAUGUACCUGAGUGUCCAAAACCUUGUGAUACUGGCUGUACAGGGUGGAAUAAGACACCAGAUAAAGACAGACAUCCUCUUUCAACAGGGCCGGCCCGCUGCCUGGCUUCUAAGAGCCUUGUCAGGGAGACCGUGAAAGACUCGGAACCUUCUCUUGACGUUUCUCUUCAGAAAACAUUAGAGACUUGGGAACGAGAAAAGGAAAAGGAAAAUUUAGAAUUAGAUGAAUUUUUGUUUUUAGAACAAGCCGCUGAUGAAAUAUCAUUUUCUAGUAAUUCCUCAUUUGUACUGAAAAUCUUAGAAAGGGAUCAAGAGAUCCACAAAGGUCACCGGAUGUCUUCCACCCCUGUCAAAGCUGUGCCACAGAAGACAAAUCCGGCAGAUCCAGUUGGUCAGUGUAACUGCAGUGAGGAUUUGGACCACGCUGCACGUGAGAAGGAGCGUGAGUGUGAAGUCACACCCAAACAAAACCGUUCAUUGUCCUCAGCUGAUGAAUCGAGGGAACAGCCUUGUAAAAUCAUUAGGAAAGCCUUCCAAAAGAGCACUUCUGAAAAUCAAACUGAAUGGAUUGCAGGUGACAAUGAAGGUGUUAUGAACAGUGACAGUAGCACUGCCUCUGAGGAGCAGCUUGAUGUUACCAUAAAACCAUCGACUGAGGAUAGAGAAAGGGGCUUCAGCAGCAAAGAGGAUAGCCCACAAGUCUGUGAUGGUAAGGGGCCUUUUAGGGACACCGGGACUCAAGAAGAUAAAAGGAGAGAUGUUGAUCUGGAUUUGUCUGAUAAAGAUUACAGUAGCGAUGAGUCUAUCAUAGAAAGCAGCAAACAUCAAGUGUCUGAGCCCUCAAGAUCCUCAUCCCUAAGUAUGAGUAAAAUGGACUUUGAUGAUGAAAGAACUUGGACUGACCUUGAGGAGAAUUUGUGUAAUCAGGAUGUUAUUCUUGGGAAUGAAUCUAGUUACGGGACUCCGCAGACGUGCUACCUUAAUAAUGAAGUAGGCAUCCUGGACAAAACAGUAAGAAGGAAGAUUGCACCAGUCAAGAAGGGAGAAGACUUGAGCAAAUCUAGGAGGAGCAGAAGUCCUCCUCCUACAUCGGAGCUGAUGAUGAAAUUCUUUCCUUCCUUGAAACCAAAACCAAAGUCAGAUUCACACUUGGGAAGUGAACCCAGGUUAAACAUAAGUCAAGACCAACCACCUGGUGACAGUGCUCGAUCCCAGGUUUUGAGAGACAAAAUUACUGAAUUGGAGACAGAAAUAGAAAAGUUUAAAGCUGAGAACGCAUCUUUAGCUAAACUUCGCAUUGAACGAGAAAGUGCCUUGGAAAAACUCAGGAAAGAAAUUGCAGACUUUGAACAACAGAAAGCAAAAGAAUUAGCUCGAAUAGAAGAGUUUAAAAAGGAGGAAAUGAAGAAGCUACAAAAGGAACGUAAAGUUUUUGAAAAGUAUACUACAGCUGCAAGAGCUUUUCCAGAUAAAAAGGAACGGGAAGAAAUACAGGCUUUAAAACAGCAAAUAGCAGAUUUACGGGAAGAUUUGAAACGAAAGGAAACCAAAUGGUCGAGUACACACGGCCGUCUCCGAAGCCAGAUAGAAAUGUUAGUCAGAGAGAACACAGACCUCCGGGAAGAAAUAAAAGUGAUGGAAAGAUUCCGACUGGAUGCCUGGAAGAGAGCAGAAGCCAUAGAGAGCAGCCUGGAGGGGGAGAAGAAGGACAAGCUCACGAACACAUCUGUUCGAUAUCAAAAGAGUCAGAUUUCUUCAGGAACCCAGGUAGAAAAAUACAAGAAAAAUUAUUUGCCAAUGCAAGGCAACCCAUCUCGAACAUCCAAGUCUGCACCUCCUCGUGAUUUAGGCAAUUCGGAUAAGGGACAAGCUGCCUCUCCCAGGGAGCCACUUGAACCACUGAACAUCCCAGAUCCUGAAUAUAAAGAGGAGGAAGACGAUGACAUACAGGGAGAAAUCAAUCAUCCUGAUGGCAAGGUGGAAAAGGUUUAUAAGAAUGGGUGCCAUGUUAUACUGUUUCCCAAUGGAACUCGGAAGGAAGUGAGUGCAGAUGGGAAGACCAUCACUGUCACGUUCUUUAAUGGUGAUGUGAAGCAGGUCAUGCCAGACCAGAGAGUGAUCUACUACUAUGCAGCUGCCCAGACUACUCAUACCACGUACCCGAAGGGACUGGAAGUCUUACAUUUCUCAAGCGGACAAAUAGAAAAACAUUUCCCAGAUGGAAGAAAAGAAAUCACGUUUCCUGACCAGACUGUUAAAAACUUAUUUCCUGAUGGACAAGAAGAAAGCAUUUUCCCAGAUGGUACAAUUGUCAGAGUACAAAGUGAUGGUAACAAACUCAUAGAGUUUAAUAAUGGCCAAAGAGAAGUACAUACUGCCCAGUUCAAGAGACGGGAAUACCCAGAUGGCACUGUUAAAACCGUAUAUGCAAAUGGUCAUCAAGAAACGAAGUACAGAUCUGGUCGUAUAAGAGUUAAGGACAAAGAUGGUAAUGUGCUAAUGGACACAGAACUGUGAUAAUCCUUAUGUGAUCAUGAAGUAACACUAACUGAUUUUUCUUGUUAAAAAAUGUACAUUUAUUGUGGAUUCUGUUAAUUUAUUGUGUGUGUGUGGAAAAGAUUGUUUGGUAAAAUAAGAGUUUACCCGGGGCAUGUUCAUUUUUAUACUCCUUGAAAUGCAAUGAGAGCUCUCAUUUAUCGUCCACUAUCCGGUCUUUCAACAGACUAAAGAAAGAGUUUUUACUCUUUAUAAACUGUACAAUAGUAAGUGGGUGUGUUCAUUGGUUGGAAAUGACUAUAAAAACCAAGAAGUACAGGAAGUAUAUCACAUAGAUGUCCCAUAGGUACAUCAGCUAGACAGCACUGGAUUUGUACAGAAAGUGUACUCAAGAAGUAAAUACACAUCCCUUUAGCAAAAUAUUACUGUGUUCAGUUAGUACCAAAAUUAUAGCAUUUGAUCUCCUAUAGAGGCUCAUUAAUUGUAACAGAAUGGGAAGUUACAACCAGUGAAUGAAUAUAAAUAGGUCACACACAACAGGUAGUAGAUAAUCAUAGUGAGGAGAAAGCAGUUAUAACAAGGCUGACUUUGUAAUGUCUCAAAAUGGGACACCUGAGAGUAGAGGGGGCAUGAACAAUGACUAGCCAGUGUUAACCCAUGGACCACAGCUACCUUAACGUUAUCACAAUGAGAUUAGGCUCAUGGAAGCAAGAUGUCACUGAAGGACAGGCAGGCAAGUCACCUACUUGUAAAUUUAUAUAAUUACAGAUUGGCCUAGACAGAUCUUACCUGUCACAUAUACUAUGAAUCAGUUUUCCUUUUAAUGAAAUCUAUCAAUUCCUGGUGACUUAAAAACUGAAUAUGAAAAAUCAAACUUUUCAAAGAAAGUAAGUACACACCCACCCAGGAAAGGUAAGGAUUUUUAAAAGACAAAAAGCACAAACCUUUAAAGGUUGAUAGGACAAGUGCAGUGGCUCAUGCCUGUACUCCCAGCACUUUGUGAGGCUGAGGUUGAUGGAUCACAAGGUCAGGAGUUUAAGACCAGCCUGGCCAACACGGUGAAACCUCCUCUACCAAAAAUACAAAUAUUAGCCGAGUGUAGUGGUGGGUGCCUGUAAUCCCAGUUACUUGCAACGCAGGUGAAUUGCCUGAACCUGGGAGGCAGAGGUUGCAGUAAGCCAAGACGAUGCCACUGCCACUGCACACCAGCCUGGGUGACAGAGUGGGACUCUGUCUCAAAAAACAAAAAAGAAAAUCUUGAUAGAUGAGCGAACAUUUCGUCAAAUGAUAUUAAAAAAUGGGAAAGACAAGCCCCAGAUUAGAACAUACACAACUGAUCAAGGAUGACUAGAAUACAAAGGAUAUGAACAAGCAAUAAGUGACAAUGCUCACUAGCUAAUAAACCAGUGAAUGCAGAUUCAAUAAGAUACACACUGGGAUGAGAUACCUUUUCUUACUAACAUCAUAGUCUGGCAAAUAAAAGUCUGGUGACGCCAAGUGCUGGCCAGGAACUCAGAUAAUCGAUGGUGGGAUAAAUUGGUAGAAUUACUGUUUAGAAAGCAAAAAAAAAAAGUAGUUGUAAUUAUAAAAGUAAAAAAAGUAACCCCAUGACCCAGCAAAUUCCAUCACUAUAUAUAUGUACUAGAAAUCCUCUCAUGUAUACAAGGAUCCUAUAGAGGAAUAUUUAUGAUUUAGAAAAAACUGGUAAUGGAGUAUCAACGUAAAUUAUGUACACAGAUGGAUAUAGCAGUGAAAGUGUAUAGAGUUAUACAUACCAAUAUGGAUAAAAAGCAAAUAAAUAAUAAAAGAUAAUUGUGUGACAGCACAUACAUCAAAAAAUAUACAGUGCAAUUAACAGAGCAAAAAUUGGGUGCUUUUCUGAUCAGUCUAGCAUCACUACUAGUCCCACGCCUCCCACUAUGAAGAGAAUGAAAACUUAGGCACUUAUCCAUCUUUAUCUGCAAGCCCCAUUUCUACUAAUGGCAUAUAAACAGCCAUGUGGAACUGUGAGUCAAUUAAACCUCUUUCUAAAUUGCCAUAUCAUUUAUGGAUGCAUUCAUACGUAAUAAAAUUAUAAAGACCUUUAUAUGAACGAUAAAUGUCAAAUCACAACAGUAGUGUUUACCUCUUGAUAUGGUUUGGCUGUGUCCCCACCCCAAAUCUCUAGUUGUAAUCCCCAUGUGUUGGGAGAGGGACCUCGUGGGAGGUGGUUUCCCCAGGCUGUUUUCAUGAUAGUGAGUUCUCACAAGAUCUGGUGGUUUUAUAAGGUGUGAUUCCCCCAUUUGCUUUGCAUUUCUCCCUCCUGCCACUUUAUGAAGAAGGGGUUGCUCUCCCCCUUCGCCUUCUGCCAUGUUUGUAAGUUUCCUGAGGCCUUCCCAGCCAUGUGGAACUGUGAGUCAAUUAAACCUCUUUCUAAAUUGCCCAGUCUCUGGCACUUCUUUAUAGCAGUGUGAGAACAGACUAAUACACUUCUACAGAAGGCGGGGGAAUGCCUGGGAGAAGCCUUUUUGUACUGAUGAUGUCUUUUUAAGCUGAAUCAUUAAGUAUAAAAUGAACUAAUUUUUUUCCAUAUGUCUUUGCUAUUUCAUUUUGAAAUUAUGGCAAAAUAAAGCAAAUGUUGGGAAGCAAA